AGCGACCCAAAAAACGACUCCGAAAAAGAGGGAAACGAGGCGGUCUUCUGGUCAGACUCCGGAGACGGGCACACCUAACUGAAUUCCACACACAGAAUUCUUCACACAGGAGCAGCAGUGUUCUAAGUCAAGCCAUGCCACCAGUAAAGCUUGAGGUAUCAGAUGCGACCAUCACGCCGCCUAGUGAUGCCAAGCCAAAGGAGCUCAAUAAGUGUAACCAGCUAGAGCUGAAGGGUCUGGAGUCUAUCGCCCCUCUGGUGCGGUCCGUGGAGGAGACCCCAGAGCCCAUCGCCACAGAGGUGUGUGGGACCAUCCCAACCUGGAUCCGAGGCAGCCUCCUCCGCAACGGCCCAGGGAAGUUUGAGUUCGGAAACCAACACUACAACCACUGGUUUGAUGGGAUGGCCAUGCUGCACCAGUUUAAGAUUGAGGAUGGCAAGGUAACCUACAGGAGUCGCUUCCUGCAGAGUGAUGCUUACAAGAAGAACAGCGAGAGGAACCGCAUCAUGGUGUCAGAGUUUGGCACAGUGGCCAUGCCCGACCCCUGCAAGAACUUCUUCCUGCGUUUCCUCUCUCGCUUCGAGAUGAUAGAGGCAACGGACAAUGCCAGUGUUAGCUUUGUAAAGUACAAGGGAGACUGCUUUGUCAGCACUGAGACCAACUACAUGUACAGGGUGGACCCAGAGAGCCUGGAGACACAGAAUAAGGUGGACUGGACAAAGUUUAUUGCUGUGAAUAUGGCCACUGCGCAUCCGCACACUGAACCGGAUGGCACUACGUACAACAUGGGCAACUCUUAUGGCAGAAAAGGUGCCUUGUAUAACAUAAUCAAAGUGCCCCCUAUGAAGAACAACCCCGAGGAAACCCUGGAGGGGGCCAAAGUGCUGUGCUCUAUUGUCCCUGCAGACAAGGCCAGGCCCUCCUACUACCACAGCUUCGCAAUGUCAGAGAACUAUGUGGUGUUCAUAGAGCAGUCUAUCAAGAUGGACCUACUGAAGAUUGUCACAGCUAAACUGAGGGGAAAGGGAAUCAGUGAGGGGAUCUACUGGGACCCCAAACAAGAUACUGUCUUUCACCUGGUAGACAAACACACGGGACAGACCAGCUCAGUAAAGUUCCACACCAAGGCUCUGUCAGUGUUCCACCAGAUCAACGCUUAUGAGGAGGACGGCUUCCUGAUGCUGGACAUGUGUUGCUCUGAUAAUGGAGAGGCAAUCAACACCUACGUCAUCCAGAACCUACGCAAGUCAGGGGAGGCUCUCGAUCAGGCCUACAACAACAUGUACAGAGCGUUCCCCCGGCGCUUUGUUCUGCCCCUCAAUGUGACCAACGACACACCGACAGGUGUGAACCUCAACACACGUCCCGCCAGCUCUGCCACUUCUUUCAAAACAGCCAUAGAUAAGGUGGUGUGCCAGUUUGAGGAUCUCCAUGGAGAGGACCUUUAUGAGUACGGAGGCCUGGAGUUCCCCCAGAUCAACUACAGCAAGUUCAACACGCGGCCCUAUCGCUACUUCUACGGCUGUGGCUUUAGGCACCUGGUGGGAGACUCACUCCUCAAGAUUGACCUGGAGGGAAAGAAAGUCAAGGUGUGGUACCAGAAGGGUUUGUUCCCCUCAGAGCCUGUUUUCGUUCCCUCGCCGGACGCCGUGGAGGAGGACGAUGGGGUCAUCCUGUCCGUGGUGGUCACGCCCACUGAGGAUAAGAGUACAUUCCUCCUGGUUCUGAAUGCCAAGACAUGGGAGGAGCUGGGGAGAGCCGAGGUGCCUGUCAAUAUUCCCUACGGUUUCCAUGGUACCUUCAACCCGACUGCCUAGAUCAGCAUUACUGACCUAACAAUCACCCAUGCCUUCCUUCCUCCCUCCCUCCCUCCCUCAGAUUAUUUUGUGACCAAUACAAAUUAAUGGUAAAUAAUGUAGUGUGUCAUUAUGGAGUCACUUUUAUUGUAAAUAAGAAUAUAACAGGUUUCUAAUCACUUCUACGUUACAUGUUAAAAUGUGGAUGCUACCAUGAUUACAGAUAUUCCUGAAUAAAUUGUGAAAAAUGAUAAGUGAGAAAGUUAGAUGCAGAAAUAGCAUACCCCCCCCCCAAAAAAAAUGAUAACCUCCUCUGUUAUUGUAAUGGUGAGAGUCUUUUGUGUGUCUUUUGUGUGUCUGUAACUUUCUCGCUUGUCAUUAUCUACGAAUCAUUCAGGAUUUUCCAUUUUCACGGUAGCAUCCACAAUAAUGUACAAUGGAAGUGCUUAGAAACAUUCUAUUCUUAUUUCCAAUAAAAGUGACUCCAAAAUGACCAUACAUUAUUUACCAUUCAAGUCAAGGGGUCUGAAUACGCUGUAUACACACAUUUUACAUAUACAUUUUACACACAUGGUACUUUUAUAUAGAGCAAUCACAUAAUAAUAAUAAUAAUAAUAAUAAUACAUUACCAAACACAAGCUCUUUAAAUCACACAUGAAUUUUGAACCUUUCUCAUCGCAAAUUCUCCACAGAUUGUAAGCUAAAGAUGAAAACCUUUCCUAUGAUAAUUCUUAUAUUAUUGAUUGAUUGACAAUGGCUUUCCAAAUUGCCCAACACUGCUCUUUGUAAGGUUAAUGUUAAGUCAAUGUUGCUACAGUACAUAGGGGCAAUACCAUAAUAAAUGAUCUCUUCGCAGAAAAAUAUACAGUGCUAAGAUUGUUGUAUGCCCUAUAUAUAUAUAGCAUGAAAUUGGUGGCAAAAAAGUCAGUCUUGAAUCAAAUUUUGUUUUUUGUAUCAGUUCAUAUACCAUGUUUCAUGGAAUCGGUACAUCGAAAAUCUCUCCCCAUUUAUUUUGCAACCUGUAUGGCGCAGGGUCAACAUUUUUGCCCUCAAAUGAAACUGCUAUAUUUUUAUAAUUAUGCCAAUCAUUUUCAGCCAAUUUUGUAUCUUUAGUAUAUGGCAGACAAACAAGUUCCAAACAUUCCCCCUCUUCCCCUUGCCCUUGGUAAUGCUGCAAUCAAUUGGUUGUAACUUUGUAAUUGUGCAGACAUUCCCAUAUAUUUUUGAUAGCUGCAUAUGUUACUUAACUUCACUAUCUCUAUUCAUAAUAUCAAUAAUAAAUAUAAUACCAUUUUAAAACAUUUUUUCCAUAAAGAAUGUUUUUUUUAAAUGAAUCAGUAUUUGAGUUUAACCAUAAUAUUUGUUCUGUCUUUUCUGGAGGUAAAAUUGAAAUUGUAACCAGCUUUGUAUGGCUUGUUUAUGAAAGGGCACACUUUAAACAAAGUUAAAUUUUCAAUUAGUCGGAAAUGAGAAUUUGUAAUCUGUAUAAAGGCAAUUUUUGAACAAAGGAUUAACCUUUCUUAAUAAUCUACUGGAAAACCAUUUUGGUUUUAAGUGUAAUCUAUGUAUGAGUGAAGCUUUUAGUGAGAGGUUUAAUGCUUUAAUAUUUAAUAUUUUUAGCCCCCUAAACACAUUAAUUAUUUUGUCUGGUUUAGCUUUCCAAAUUAAGUGAACUAUUUUUUGCUCAUAUGAUUUUAAAAAUACAAGUCGCCUGGAAUAGGCAAUGCCAUUAUUAAGUAAACUGUGAUAGAACCAAAGAGUUAAUAAAUGUGAUUUAUGGUUGCAGAAUCUUAUCUAUUUUUCCAAACUUUCUAUUGAAAUUGGUUGUGGUAAGUUAAUUUAUAUUUUUUGAGAUAUGAAUACCAAGUAUGUCUACUUCAUCUUCCGCCCAUUUUAUUGGCAAACUACAAGGUAGUGUAAAAACUGACUUUUAAUGAUCCAAUACAUAAUCUGGUACACUUUUCAUAAUUAGGUUUUAGUCCAGAGAGGCUAGAAAAGUGAUUAAGAUCUUCAAUGAGAUUGUGCAGGGAUCCAGAUUGCAGACCUAAGAGAGAACUUGAGUCAUCGGCAUACAUUGACACAUUUUUGUUAUUAACCCCUUGAUGUUCUUGUUGGAUCAAAUUUUAAUAGCUAGCAUUUCGAUGGCCAUAAUAAAUAUAUAUGGAGACAAUGGACAGCCUUUUACUCCUCUUAAAAGCUCAAUACUUUCUAAGUAACCAUUGCUGUACAUAACUUUAACCCAAUGUAUAUGAGAGUCACCGAAAUUAAAGUAAUCCAGGCAUUUAUGUGUCAAUUCUAAUUGUACUUUAUCAAACUCCUUUUUGAAAUGAGAGAGACUGUAAGUGUGUCCAUUCACUACAACAAAUAUCUAUGUUCAAGUAACUUCAAUCGUUAUAGAUCAGGAUACAUCAUGCAAUUUAGUUUCAAAAGUUAAUAAACAGUUAAGUAUUUACAACUUAAGAAGACCAUAUGGGUGGUGAUGUCACUUUAUUACUUUAAGUAUUGAACACUGAAAUACUCUGAGUUGGGUCACUCAAAUGGUUCUAGGCAACUGGUUUCCACAUAAAAAAAUUGUUAGCAGAACUAAUUACUUUAUACAGUGCAGAAUCUGAUGCCUUAGUUUACAUUAAGUUACGCAUGCAUAUCCACUAACAAUCUUUUGUAUUUUUUGUCAAUUUUAUACAAAUUGUUUACUAUGUUCUGUGGUACAUUUCUAAUUAAAAAGUGAUACUAUAAAAGUUU